GGGCUGGGCCCGGAGGGAACGCGGGCUGCCACAGAGACUGGCCGGGCUGCGGCUCCAGCAGCCAGCGCCGCUCCCGCCGCAGCCUCCUCCCUCCGUGCCUCCCUCCCUCCCUCCGUGCCUCCUCCGUGACUCCCUCAGUGCCUGCCCCAGUGCCUCCCCCGCCUCCGCCGGCACAGCCCCGGCUCUCUCCUUUGCGCCCCCGGCACUCGGCUCGGCGGAGCGAGGGGAUGGCGGGCGUGGGAGCCCGGCUGCUCGGGGCGCUGUGCCUCGCCGCCUGCCUGCCCCCGGCGCUCGGGAGGGACACCGGAGCGCAGUGGACCCUGGAGAAGUAUUCUCACCAACCAAGAAUUUUAGGUUCUGAUGCUAUUCAAGAAGUUGUGGCCAACACAGAUAUUUCUGAAAUGUGGGAGAAUGACUUGCGCCCUAUCCUGAUAGAAAGAUACCCAGGAUCAGAAGGAAAUUACAUUGUGCGGCAGCAUAUCAAGCACCGUCUUCAAACACUGAAGGCUGGUUGGGAAAUUGAAGAAGAUACAUUUCAGAGAUACACACCAUAUGGCUAUAAAACAUUUUCAAAUAUUAUCAGCACUCUUGACCCCUCUGCAAAACGCCAUCUCGUACUUGCUUGCCACUAUGACUCAAAAUUCUUUGGACAACAGUGGCAGCACAGGGUGUUUGUGGGAGCAACUGAUUCAGCUGUGCCUUGUGCUAUGAUGUUGGAGCUGGCACGUGCCCUGGAUAACAAGCUUCAGUUAAUCAAGGAUGGCUCAACAUCAAGACCAGACCUUUCACUUCAGCUGAUUUUUUUUGAUGGUGAAGAAGCCUUUGUUCGAUGGUCCCCUUCCGAUUCCCUCUAUGGAUCUCAACACUUAGCUCAAAAAAUGGCAUCAACUCCACACCCACCUGGUUCAACAACCACAAACCAGCUGCAGGGCAUAGACCUGUUUGUACUACUGGAUUUAAUUGGUGCACCAAACCCAGUUUUUCCAAAUUAUUUUCCAAACACUCUUCGAUGGUUUCAGAGGCUUCAAGCAAUUGAGCAAAAGCUACACAAAAUGAAUCUGCUGAAGAAUCACCCUGUUGAAAGUCGGUAUUUCCAGAGUACUUUACAUCGAGGCUUGGUUGAAGAUGACCACGUUCCAUUUUUAUUAAGAGGGGUUCCAGUCCUGCAUCUGAUUCCAUCCCCUUUUCCUGCAGUAUGGCAUACCAUGAAGGACACAGAAGAAAACCUUGACAAAGCCACUAUCGACAAUCUCAACAAAAUCCUGCAGGUGUUUGUACUGGAAUAUCUCAACCUUUGACAGACAAAACAUCAAAGAAUUGUACACCAUUCACACUACUGUUUGCCCACCUUCAUACUUGCUAUUUAAUUGCAUUGGAGAGAGUGAAGGUGAAGAAAAAUGUGAUAGUUCUUGCUAGACCGAUUAUUGAUUGAACUGUUCCUGGCCCAUUGGUCCAUUAGCCAAAUAAGAUACCAUUAAAUAAGAGUUAGUUCAUCCUGGAAUGAACUUGAUCUUUCCAUGUUUUAUCUCUAAAUAAAAAAACCUCCAGAAUUUUUCCAGAUUGUUAUCAUUGUUUUUUUGUCACGUAUUAUGAUCCCAGGAGGGAAUGCCUCAUGACUUAAUUGUAUAAUACAGUUUUUACAAGGUGUGGCCAACUUUUGCAGUGUUCAGCUAUGGAAAUUCAUGCCAUGUUUUCAAAAGAGGCAAAAAUCACACCACAGCAGACUUCUACUUUGGGCUGAAACAAACCACCUCAUGUUGACAUGAGUUGCUAGAACUCCUGACACACAGAUGUGAUUUUUAAACCUCUCUGGUCCCUCUCCUCCUUCUCCUACAAAGGCAGCUGCAAGGGUUUUUCUCUGCAGACAGAGAAAACAGAGCAAUAACCCAAAUUCAGUUUUACCCCUAUAAUUUGUUGGAUACUUUUUGAUGGAGAAGGGUGGUGGGGGUUGAUGCCAACAGGAAGGUAUGUGGUAGUUUACCUGUCCUGUGACUGCAACACAGGAGAUAUAAACAAAAGAUCAAGUGGUGUGUGGGAGCAAUGGCCCAGUACACAGCAUUCAGUCAUGUGAGAAUCAUUCGCAAUUUGACCCAAAAAACCUCCGAAACACCACCCACCUGCUGUUUUUAACACAGACUACAACAAAAAUAAUCAUACAGGGAAAAUAAUCACUUUAGAAACUAUAGUUUAUCUAAAUACAAUUUUAAGGCAAAGUGCUAUCAAAAAGAAAAUGUUAUUAAAAGCAAGACAACAGUUUAGACACCAAAAAGAUACCAGUUUAACAACUCUGUGUUUUUACAUUCCUUACUGGAAUUACUUACUAGAUUUAGUGUUACACUGGAAAAAAGAAAGCCUGGAAUGAGAUCAAUGAAAGCCAGAACAACAUUCAAAAGCUAUUGACAGAAUUAUGGUUUCUACUGGUGAGAAAAGGAUAAGAGCAUUUUAAGAAAAAAAUAAAAAUAUCAAGCUGAUAGAAGAAAGAAAAAAUCAGUAUUUUACUGCUACAAACUUCUUCCCUACAAGUUCUACCCUGAGCAAAGAGAUUUAAAAAGAAGGUAAGCAAUGGAGUUGUAGGCCUAUCAGAUUUGGCCUCUAUAUUUUUUCCUAAAACAAAUAUUUUGGAGCCUAAGACAAUAUUUACAUCCGUAUUAUAAAGUUGUUACAGAAAUAGGUAUUUACAGCAAUGAAAAUGUGUAAAAUUUUACUAUUACAGGAUAGCCUGAAAAAUAAAUUUGAUCUGAUUUUGGUAACCUAAGAUAAAAUAAAAGCAUUUUGUGUUUUCCCAUCACUUUUACAUUGGUGAGGAAUAUUUGUCUUACCUGCAACUUCUGAAAUAGAAUACUAGGAAAAUUCAAAAAAAUUAGACAGAUGUCUUUAUUUUCAGGUAUUACUGUACAUCUGUGUAAAUAUAUCAGAGCUUCUUGA